AUGAUGGUUACCCCAGACCCCCCACAAGACAAGCCCGCCAACUGGCCCUCCUCCCUCCUCACCUUCCAAAUCCAGCUCUCUCAAGUCCCCUCCCUCGCCCGCACAAUCCACCCUCUCACCGGCCUCGAAGUCCCCGCCGCCGACGUCAACGAAGACCUCGCAACCCAACAGCAGCUCCGAGUCCGCGGCCAUCUCCACAUCGAAUUCAAAGAACAUUACAAGGCAGACUCGAUUCGACUCCUCCUGCUAGGCAUAGAGACCGCCAACAUGGAACGCGCGGGCUUUCCCAGUGUCAAGGAACAGCGGGUGUGGGAUCCCCAGCCGUGGAUGAGGGCGAAAACGUUCCUGACGAAGGAGGCGGUGCUUUGGGAACAUGGGAAGGUGCUGGCUACCUCGACAUUAUCGACAUUAACCGACGCCGUCUCCUCCCCCCCUGCCUCAUCUCACUCGCAUGGAGACAACAUUCUCCCCGCCGGCACACACGACCUUCCGUUCGAAUUCACACUCGAUCCGAAAUCCCUCACCUCCAUGCGCGCAACGCACGCGAGCAUCGUUUACAAGCUCCGCGCGGUCAUCGUCCCCGCAAAGGGGUUCCUCGGCUUCCGCAAAUCGGAAAUCGCCACUCAACGCGGACUUAGGAUCAAGAAGCUACUUGUGGGUGUUGAGGAGGCGCCUAUCUCUUAUAACGAGGCCGUGCUGCAAGCCGAGAGAUUACCCACGUACACGAAGGAUUCUGAAGAGGAGGAGGCACCCGCGUUCACUCCCACGGCCGCCGCGGCUCCAGCUCCAACAACAUCCAACGAACAGACGGUGUUGGUAACAGAUGGACCCGUGCAGCUCACGAUCACAACCAUCAAACGCAUCAUGAUGCGCAACGGAACACUCGUCAACCCCACACCGAUCAACCUCACCGUCUCCGUCGCCCCUGCAUCGGCCACCCUCGAUUCCAUCACCUACGUCCUGAAACAGAAAAUCGCGGAUAGUGUUGCUGCGAAACAACGUGACGCGCCAACCACCCCGCCGUUACAGGUGCUUGACGAUCAUCUGCACGACAAGUACGGGGAUAUCACUUGUCUCUCAGAGCAAGCCGAUAUCACUGUCCGCGAUGAAAACACCGGGACAGCACCAAAAACACAUACAUUCCCCCUCCGCCUCACCUCCCUCGAAAAAUACCACGACACCCUCGACACAGGCGUCUUCCUCUCCUGCACGCACUUCAUCACCGGAAAGGCCACCCUCCGCGUCCCCUCCUCCUCUGAAAAUAUCACCAUCCCAUUCACACUCCCGAUGAGCGUCCACGGCUCCCCAAAUGAGUUUGCGGCGCCGAAGGAACUGCCGAUGCAGACCACGAUCGAUUUGGGGGAAUUUAGGGGUAUUAUGGAGAUGCAGAUGCAGAUGAUGAAGGUGAGGGAGCAGCAGAGGAAUCGGGUUAGGGCUCGUUAA